AAAUUCCACUAGAAUAAGCUUGUUAACGUAGUAUUCAAAAUCUUUAGAAACAUUACGAAAAAUGGGUACAGAUAUUUUAUUAAAUCAUCUUAUUCGGAAAAAUUUUGAUCAAGUGCAAGAUGUUUUAGAUGCUUAUGAUGAUAUUAAUGUUUUGUAUAGGGAAGGCUUUUUUUUUGGACGUGCUUUAUCAAAAAAUAAGGUAAAAAUCUUUGAAGCAUUAAUGGCUUAUUUUGAAAAUAAGCAAUUUCCAAUAAAAAAUGAAAUUUAUAAAGACGAAAAGAAAAAACUUACAAAUAUUUUAGAAGAUUUUGCAUGUGAAAUAGAACUUUCUUCAAAAAUGAAAAAAAUUUUAUCCAAAUAUAUAGACUUUGAUUUUAGCAGUAUUGAUAGUAGUGAGAAUGACUUUAAUAAUGAACCUGUUAGUUAUGAUGUAGGUAUGCACAAUGACUUAGGUAGCACUUUUCCAGCAGGUAAUGAAACAGAUAUUAGUUCUAAAAGCACCAAUUUUGAGUUAACUCCAGGAAAUUGUUCUUCAUUUUGUGACUCAUACAACAUCAAAGCAAACGUAGAAAAAUGGCUGUCACACACACCGUAGACUUAAUGUUCAUGCAACAGACAUUAAGCAACUCUUUCUGCUACUUAUAAUAUGGAAAUUUAUUUAAGAUAAUAUUAUUGUAGUUAUA